CACAGCUGGGAAGGUUAUUUUUUGUUAAGCUUUUAAAUCAGAAAAUAACUACAGAUGUACGCGAAGACGUCUAUCUUAGCCAGCUUGCUGAACCAGAUGUUUUAAGUGAAAUACAGAGUAGACGUAAAUAAAUGUAGGAAUAGUCGAAUAGAAUAGCUAAGUUAAUCGAGAAACGUUGCAAAUCCCAGGUGAAUGUGGACUAACUUGUGAAGAAAAGCAGCUAACCAACUAGCGGCUAGCUGUAGCCUGUACACCAGGAGUCCGGCAGCCGCACAUUUUUGACAGCGGAAAUGAUCAGAAUGAAGCAUUUUUUCCGCGCCUGAGUUUCCUUCCUCAAACUUUAAGGCUUGUUGCGCGCAUCCAACAUGACAGAGAAAGUAACGGGAAUUUGGGCUGGCAGUGAUCCUCAGUUGUGCUGAUAACGGCGAUGAAUGGAAACACUAUCCAAUCAGGGACAAGCCGGCCUUCCACAUCACAGCCCCAGGGUUGGCGGGAUUUCUGUGAGCUGCACGCCGCGGCGACCGCCCACGACCUGGCCAAGCACUACCGCCGCUUCGCCGAAGACCGGCCCUCGCAGGAUGUGCUUCCCCCCGACACCUUCUCCAAGCAGUUCAGCGACCUGUUCCAGCGGCACUUCAGCACCGAGCUGUCCCGAAAUGCCCCCAACCCGCCCCCGCUGCCCCCGCCGCCCGUAACCAUGACGACCCGACUCCACAUCGCCUCCCUGGACUACCGGGAGGCGGGGCGCCCCGUCCCCCCCGCGCCGUCUUCCAAGACGGCGGGCUCUCCUCUGAUUGGUGGAUCGCCUCCGAGGCCCAGGCGGGAUCACGAGCAGCCCCUCCGCCAAGCCCCCGCCCCCGUCGCCGAGACGAUCUGCCCCGCCCUCCCUCGCCGCGGCCAGGAGGAGCCGUCGGCUCGACCCGCCCCGGUCACCUCGCCCCAACGGUACAGCCCCCCGGCCCCCGCUGACGUCACGCACCUGCCGCUCAGCCAGAUUCAGCACAGCAUCCGCCGCAUGCUGAGGAAGCAGCCGAAGGACGCUCCGCCCUCCCCCGCCUCCCGCGGCGAGAGCCCGCCCCUAUCCCCGCCCCCUGCCCCCUCCUCCGCCCCCUCCCAUUGGCUGGACAGGUUCGCCAACAGGUUCCGGAGCUCCAGGAGGGGCGGGUCGCGGGGGGCCGUUAAGGAGGGGCAGCUCUGGUACAUGGUGGUGGACGACACUAUCUCCGACGCACAGCCGCGAUGGCAGCGCGGGAGGCUGCUGGUCCGCCGGACCUCCGACGGCUACCAGCUCGAGCUCUUCGAUCCGCCCAAGAGCUCCAGCUCCAAGCUGACGGCGCGGUGUUGUGACGUGUCGGAGGUGCGUCGCUGUAACCGUCUGGAGAUGCCAGACAACAUAAACACCUUUGUGUUAAAGGUCUCAGGUUAGCACUAUCCAGGCAGCUUCAUCUUUGAGACGGACAAUGACCAGCAGGUCAGCUCCUGGACAACAGAGAUUAAAGAAUGUAUAAACAACGGGUCCGACAGUGCAGAUAUGGAGGUGCUCUCGGUGCCCCUGGGAGACAGUGUGGCCAGCACCAGGAGAGGAAGCUCAGAAUCGGCAGGUGAAGGGUCCCCGGCCUUCGCGAGGCCAGAGCAGGUGUGGCCUAAGGGGGACCACUACCUGUGGGCGUACCCCUGGUUCCACGGGCCCAUCUCACGGGUGAAGGCAGCGCUCCUGGUCCAGUCCUCAGGCUCUGAGGGCCACGGCGUCUUCCUGGUGCGGCAGAGUGAGACUCGCAGGGGGGACUACGUCCUGACCUUCAACUUCCAGGGCAAGGCCAAGCACCUGCGGCUCUCGCUGACGGAGUGGGGCCAGUGUCGGGUGCAGCACCUCCGCUUCUCCUCCGUCAUGGACAUGCUGAGCCACUUCCGCCUGUCGCCCAUCCCGCUGGAGUGCGGGGCCGCCUGCGAUGUCAGGCUGUCCAGCUACGUGGUGGCCGGCCCCGCCAGUGUGACUGGCUCAGUGGUUCUGGUGCCCUUCUCUCUGCACCGCUGGAGUUCGGAGCCCAGCCUGGCCCACAGCAGCCCAUCCAACUGCCCCCGCCUGCGCCCCCCUGACACCCUGCCGCCCCCAGGGCAGCUGUUCCAGCGGAGCUCCCCGCUGACCCCCCAGCGCCCCCACCUGGAGACCCUGCGCCGCAGCGAGUCGGACCGCCGGCCGUUACAGCGACACUCCACCCCCCACCCUCCCCCGCUCCCCCAGCGAGACUCAGACUAUGAGCUCGAACCGCCCGACAGGGGGCGCAAGAGAGCCAUCGACAACCAGUACAUGCUCCUCUGAACCCGAGGAGCAGGAGUACCAGGCCUUACUGACCCAAAGACUGCGACUCAGAGACCUGCACCUCUGAGUCUCCCACAUGAAUGUAUCGCUAUUAUCACCAUCAAUAUUAUUAUUAUUAUUAUUAUUAUUAUUAUUGUUCAUAUAAAAAAAGAAGAUGACAACAUCAUUCUAUGGGAUGUGGCUAUUUGGGAGAUGAAGGAAUGGCACUGGCGAAGGGCGAUUCUCCAGGCGUGGUUCUCCUCAGGCUGGGGGUGGACACUCCCUUAUGUUCCAGGGCCGUGGAGGUGCAAGGCUCCGUCUCCUCUUUCCGAAAACGUGUGCCUUGUCGUGCACCUGAAGGGAGGGAGCAGGAAGUGAUCGUUGGGGGUGAAGAAGAAAGUGGUCUCCCUCCGUAGGAUAGCAGUUAAAUAGCUACAGAAUAAUAUAAAUAUAUAAAAUAUAAUAAUAAUAAAUGUUAGAACGCCAUAUUCAUAAAGCAUUAGCCCCAUCUGAAUUUCCCACGGGGUUUUCCCUAAACAGGGCAGGAAGCAAAAAAUAAAAAAAUAAAAAAAUGAAAUGGACAGGUAAAAUGGGUAACAUCACUUAAUGUGACACCUUGGCUUUCUGGAGACACAGUUUGCCUAGUUUCAGAAGUUUUUAAAAUACCUGUUUUUAAACGGCUACUGGUGGCCAUUUUGGGUAAAUUGAAUAAUCUUUAUUACAUUAUCUUACAUUAUCUUUUGAUACUGACCUACUCAGUAGUAUUUUUAUAUAUAAAACAUUAUACAUGUUUAAUAUGUAUUUGGAUACACAGUUUUAAUACAUCUUUAUUAUAAAAUGUGUCACUUUGCCCAAAAUGACUGCAACAGCUUUCAGAGAAAAUGGUUGGGUAAUUAAAAUGUAAUUAAUGUUUUAUGAAGAAUCCCUGUAUGCAGAGAUGCAUUAACACAAUAGUUAAUUUAAGCUACUCGUGUUUGGGGGGUGUUUUUUUUUCUUUCUUUAAUGUGUUGCUCAACUUUGCUCCAUUUUGAUUUCUGUCGUCACCCUGUUGGGUGCCAACACACCCUCUCUCUCUGUUGCCACUUUAACACUAACUGUCCUUCUUCCCCAAAUAACAGAGGCCUGGUUUAGGAUUCUCUUUAGAUUUUUUUUUCUUUCUUUUUUUUCUUAUCACGGCAGGUUUCCUGUUUUUUUUUUAGAAACGCACACAAGCAUGUACGUCUGUUUCCCUGCAGGAGGAAGUCCACCUCACUCAAACGCCACGAUAACCUUCUACCGACAGCGCAAGAAAUAAAAAAUGGAUUUUAAACAGAUUUUAGAUGGCGACCAGAAAUAAUAUUUAGCCGAAUUCCUGAAUGGGAAAUUUGUACAUCAGUUUAAAAAAAGGUAGUCUAGUUUAUAACUUAAGGGAUGAAAACUAUUCAAAUAAAGUGGCUAUUAAGAGGCAAACACUCUCGCGAUUUCCACCAGCUCACUUAUUGUGCUGUCGAGGAUCAAAGUGAACUUUCUUUUCCGUAUUUAGGCUGAACGGAAGUGACGUGGUCUUUCUCAGGGUUAUCCUCCGACUUUGGAACGGCUGCAGAAUUCCAAAAAAGAAAAUGGCGACAGUCCGUGCAGAAAUAAAACCACUGCGUCAGAAACAGAUGCGCAAUACUUUCCCCAUAUUUCCCCAAGAUAACCCCUUUGCUUCAGUGAAUAAUUUGGCGCAUUUUUAAAAGCGUUGCAAAACUGUAUGUGUGUGUUACUACCUCGUGUGCAGCGUUCCCCUUGGUUUGGGAUGGUGGCGACAUUUGGUCAGGGGACAAACAGACUCAACUCACUCUUCAUCUGAUAGUCAUCGUAAUAGUAGAUAAUCCAAAAUGGUGGAAAACAUGUUCCUGUGCACACAUCACACAUUCCUGUGGACAGAGCAUUUAAAAAAAAGACCUCCCCCUUAACAACCAAAAAUGACUUUCGUGCAUAGUUAUGAUUAUUCCUGUACACAUGCCAUGAAAUAAGUUACACACACAUAAUGUUGAGGUAGUUUCUCUUUGAGAAUCUGCGCAUGUGGGUUUAAACUUUUGUAUGUCCAUAAGUGUCCAUGUCCCCAGACGUUAGGGUUUGUAAAAUAACAGCAGAGCCGCCAAUCUGCAGAUCUACUCAGGGCUGAACCAGUACUAUCACUUCUCCCGCAGAGACACACCCACAGGAACACCCCCAAUGUCGACAGACACGCCCACUCCCCGGACACACACCGGGCCCAUCCCAGUGGCUUAUUUUUCUCCUCUUUUUUCUUUUCCUUGCUCCUCUCUGGUUACUCGAUCGAGGUCCGCCAUCUUGAAGGACAUUCCAACCUGGUACUUCUAGGAGGGGCUAGGAGUGGAAGUUAGGAACUCCCAAAACUUUCCUUUAAGCAAGGGAACGUCAGCACAUCUUUCGUGGAAUGCGUGACAUAAAUCACGUGACAUGAAGGGUCCACCCCUCCUCAUGCGCCACGUCUCUAACUGACUGUGGCUUUGAACUGACGUUUGAAGGGGCGAGGACGUUCCAUUUGCCUAAAUUACGUCCUCGAUUCCGUCUUUACCUCCUUUACGCUCUUCCUUUUCUGCCUCCCCCAACGGGUGGAGCGAGGAGCAGGAAAAGGAGGCGAAGGAAGAUGAGGAGGAGAAAAAGAAGUGAUUGGAAGGAGCCCACACACUCUCCAGAAACACACCCUCAUUCUUUCCCAAAGUUGCUCAAAUCAGCACAAUGAAUGUAGGCCUUCUUGUAUGUUAUAUUAGCAUUAAGAGCACUGUAACUCUCUCUCCACUCCAACCCAAUCAGCUUGUCCUGUUUCUACAAAAAAAAAACCCUAAUGCAUUAUUGUCUGAUAAAAUAACAUUUGUUCUGAUUAAAUGGCUAGAAUAUGCAUAUGAAUUAAAUUAUAGUAACUGUAUAUUUGAACCUUUUUUAAAUAAAGCUAACAGUAAAACUUUA